UACAGACAUACCAUUUAUAGUGAAAUAUCGCUUCGGUCACUCGUUCAGUCUCCACUGUACAUUUAUGUUUAAAAGCGGUGUUAUGUAGCCAUAUUCAAAUCGUAAACAGGACUUGAGAAUAUAUUUGGAUCAUUCCUUCAAGCUAUGACAAAACGGGCAAAUAAAGUGUUACACUCAGAUACACCAACACCAGAAAACGAGAUUUCACCGGACACCGUUCUCGAACAUAACGUGAAAUCUCGAGACGAGAACAUGAUGACCGCUGAGAACCAAACAUCGGACCAAAACAAGAAACAUCGUAAAAAGCGAAAAAAAUCUAAACAUCGACAUCCUGACCUGGAAGAGCAAUCAUUACCAUCUAGAACAAUUGAUGACAUGGUUGGACAGUUGUCUAUUAAAGAUGAUGAAAAACUUCCUGUGCUUGAUAGAACAAAUGGAAAAGAUUUGUCACUUCCUGAUGUGGAAAAAGAAGAUGUCAAAAUGCAAUCCUUACCAUCAAAAACGAUUGAUGACACGGUUGGAAAGUUGUCUAAUAAAGAUGAUGAAAAGAUCCCUGAUCAAUCAUUGGAUAGAACAGUUGAAGAAGAUAUGUCAAUCUCGGGUGUGGAAAAAGAUGAUGUCAAAAAGGAAUCUCCUCAAUCCAAGAAAAUUGCUAAGCAGGACCGGAAAAAAAGGCGCGAUCGUAACUCUCAUAAUGGUCUAGAAACGCCUUCCAAAAAAGAACUGAUACUGGACGUUAUAAACGAAGAGGACUUGGCAGGGAAGGAAGAAGAUAAUAAAAAAGAAAGGGUGUCAAAGCCGUCACGGAAAGAAAUCAAGGAAAGAGCUGGCAAACUUUUAAAAGGACGCCAAAGUCCAUUUGCUGCCGAGAAAGGGCAGGCGCAUGAAGCAUCCGUUGAAGAAAAUGAUGAAGAAGCAGAGGGGCAAUAUUUGACCUCUGCUGAGAGGAAUAGAGAGCUAUCUUGCUUAUAUCGAAGAAUAUAUUUUCUUGAAAAAUAUGGAGUACCCAUGGAGCGAGAGCGGCCACGCAAAGCACAUAAAAGAAAUCUGACAAGCUCAGAUGAAACAGAUGAUCAUGAGCAGUGGGCACAUGAAAGAGAGAGAGAGAAUACACGUCUUUACCUUUCGAAUCAGAUGAAGAAGAAUCAUAUGAAGAAGAAUCUGAUGAUCUAUCUCCACAAUCAAAAACAGUUGCUGGCAGGGUUGGAAAGCUAUCUCGCAUGAACCGAAGAACUGCUAACACAUUUAGAGAACUCCGGGAGCGAGCACAGCUACGCAAGAUAACACAUAAAAGAAAUCUGACAAGCUCAGAUGACGAUGAUGAUGAUGAUGAUGACGGUUAUGAUGACGAUGAUGAUGAUAAGGUAGAAAAUGUUAACUAUAAUUAAGAGUUAUUGUAGAGGUGGGGUUUUGAAGGUUACACUAAAUGGGUUUUUUAAUAUACAUGUAUAUUUAUUCUAUAAAGAAUAAAAUAUAAUAAACAAGAUCAACAAGGAAAGGCGGCGUUCAAUGAACGCAACCCCCACACGACCCAGCAACAAGCCUGUAAUAAAAAUAAAGAACAAUAAGACAUCACAUUACAAUACCGGUAUUUUACAAGACAAACAUAUUUCGCAAAAUAAAUGAUACAAAAUGUUUGACAACAAUUCAAAUUACAAUAAGAACAUUUUCACAAAUAAUAAAUAUAUACAUACCAGACUUUGUAAUUGUAAUAGAAGAAAUCUAAUAUCAUGAUCAAAUAGCAAACACAAAUAUUUCUUCUAUAAUAAAUAUAUAAAUGAGUCAACUUGUAAAUACAAAGAAUUUGUUAUAACUUUGAGAGUUUAGCAAGAAGUGGUCGGAGUUACUAAAAAUGUUAUGUUCCAGAAUCAAAUCAGCUGCGGAUGUUUCUAAAUUCAAAAUGUCACCAUUACCAUGAUUAAAUGUUGACUUCUGCUUUGAUUAAAUGAUGAAUUCUGCUUAAGCCGGUGCUAUGGGGCGUGGACGGUAACUUGCACUUUCCAUUUCCGUCCAUGAACAGGCUCAAUCAAACUUAGCCUGCAACAUUUUGCCUUGUUGGGCUUUCUUUAGGAAUUCUUUAUUUUUCUCUAUUUUAUCGACACAUUAGCGUUGUUUGUGCCGUGUGGAGGCUGUAAAAAGUCGCCCCGUAUAUUCAAUUAGGGAUGUUAUAUUUUCGAUCCUUAAAGAUCGUUCAGCACGACAUUAUUGUUGUAUUUGUGGUUCUUUGAGUUUUUUUCUUUUUGACAUUUGUCUUGAUCAGUGGUUCCAAUAUUCCUACUUGAAUAAUGUUGCCCUUAUUCAAAAUUUCACCAUUAUCAUGAUUAAAUUUUGAACUCUGCUUAAGCCGGUGCUAGGAGUUGUGGACGGUUACUUGCACUUACCAUUACCAUCCAUGAACAGGCUCCAUCAAAUCGAGCCUGCAACAUUUUCAGUUUUGUCUUGUUGGGCGUGCUCUGUCUUGUACCCUGUCCUGUUUUUGUUUGGGGUCCUCCUGGGCUCCUUGCCACUGGCCCUUGUUACUGGGUCGGUUGGGGACUGCGUUCAUUGAACGCCGCCUUUCCUUGUUGAUCUUGUUUAUCUUAUUUUCUUUAGGAAUUCUUUAUUUCUCUCUACGUAUUUUAUCGCGUAUUUUAUCGCAACAUCAGCGUUGUUUGUGCCGUGUGGAGGCUGUAAAAAUCGCCCCGUACUUCAACAAGGGAUGUUAUAUUUUCUUUCCCUAAUGAUCGUUCAGCAUGAUAAUAUUGGUGUGCUUAUGGUACUUUUAGUUUUUACCUUUUGGAAUUUUUCUAGUUGGGUGGUUCCAAUAUUCCUACUUUAAUAAUAAUGAAUCACCCUUAGGAUAUGUUGCCUGCUUUUUGAAUUUGUCCUUUGUCGUCAUAUCUGUGAUAUGCAGGCUUCAUAACCUCUGAUGCCCUUUCAAAUUCCAUUUUAUUUAGUUUCCUCGUUCCUUCAUUGUUUUCUCGUUUAGGGCACACGCAUUUUAUUUUACUUGGGGACCAUACGCCGCUUUUCAUGAAAUGGCACUAACGUGUUACAUUAAAAGUUCCAUGAUAACCGCCAAAUGAACACAUCUGCGGAUGGUUUUAAAUUCAAAUUUUUACCAUUUUCAUGUUUAAAUGAUGAAUACUGCUAAAGCCGGUGCUAGGGGAACAUGGACGGUAGUUUGCACUUGACAGUAUAGUCCAUGAACAGGCUGCAUUAAAUCGAGCUUGCAACAUUUUCAAUUUUGCCGUGUUGGGCUUUCUUAAGGGAUUCUUAUUUUCUCUAUUAAAUCGACACAUCAGCGUUGUUUGUGCCGUGUACAUUCAAUCGGGGAUGUUAUAUUUCCGAUCCUUAAAGAUCGUUCAGCACGACAUUGUUGUUGUGCUUGAGGUAAUUAAUUUUAGUUUUUCUAUUCGGCUAUUUUCUUGUUUGGUGGUUCCAGUAUUCCUCACUUGAAACUGUUGAAUCACCCUUAGGAUAUGUUGCCUGCUUUUUUAAUUUGUUUUUGACGUCUUAUUUGUGCCGCCGUAUGAACACAUCUGCGGAUGUUUCUUAAUGCAAAUUUGUAUCUUUUUCAUGUUUAAAUGUUAAAUACUGCUUAAGUCGGUGCUAGGGGGCGUGGACGGUAGUUUGCACUUGACAGUAUAGUCCAUGAACAGGCUUAAUCAAAUCGAGCUUGCAACAUUUUCAAUUUUGCCGUUUUGAUCUUUCUUUAGGGAUUCCUAUUUUUCCAAUUUUGAUACUGUUAUGCCGUUCAAUCAAAUAAAUUACCAACCAAACAAACGCUAAAAACAAAUUAAACCGAACAAACCACACGACAGCACUUUCUUUCAACCGAGAGAGAAAUACUUUUACGCGAAUUGGUUCUAGGAUUUAAUUUGUUAGUUCAGUAGAGUAGUAACAGAUAGAAAGAUAAGCAAUAAAGUAUAUUCAAUACAAUGUAUACAAUGUUAACAAUAAACACAAACAAUAAUAAUAAAAACAAUAAUCAAGAUCUUAAAGUAUGUGAUAUCUAUUUCUAUGUAAACACAAUAGAUUCAAGACCUUAAAGGUUUCUAAAUAUCUAUUUAAAUAUAUCUAUAUGCUAUUAAGUUUAAUAGUCAGUAAGUCAAAUAUUUAGACACAAAUAAUUAUAAAUAUACAACACUAUUCAUACACACAUGAUAAAUAAACAAUAGCAGUAUCUUCACAAAGAACUAUAAAAAUGUGUGAAGUACAUUUAACUUACUAUGCAGUGUGAACUAUCCGAAAUUUAUGGCAUAUCCGAAAUUUUCUUAUUAUGAAAUUUGUGAGAUCGCGAAAUUGUGUCACAUUUACAUUUUUCGAUUUUACUUAGACAAGUACUAUUUAUGAAAUGAAUCAAAAAUUGACUUUGAAAGCAACUGAAUUAAAUCAAAAAUUUACUUAAAAUAUGUAAAGAUAAAAAAGACCUUGUUUUACAUUUCCGUGAAGAAGGUAACCCAAAAUUAAGAAUAUGGAACGAAGUAGUCCAGAAAUUAAUCCAAAAAAAAUUGUUCCUAUAAAAUUUGAAAAAUAGAGGGAAAUAAGAAUCCCUAAAGAAAGCCCAACUCGGCGAAAAUUGAAAAUGUUGCAGACUCGGUUUGAUUAAGCCUGUUCAUGGACGGUCAGAAAAUCCAAAAUAUACAAGAAUAAAAUAUGAUAACAAUAUCAAAUCACAUUAGUAUGAAAGAUCUGCUGUAAAACAAAAUAAAAAUGUCAACGUUCCUUGUCCGUAUAUACAAUAAAUAAAUUC